AUGAAUGUUAACGCUCCCAUGUGCUCUUCUUGUCAUCAAAAUCAAGCAUCUUUUUGUGGUUUUUGUUCACUUUGUUUGGAUAUAUGCCUUGCUAAUCCUUUAUCAUCACAACUUAAUUCAUCAAGCGGUUCAAGCUCAGUUGAACCAGUCUCCCCGAUGGUCAACGACUUUAACCAAAACAACUCUCUUUCCUCCGGCUCCUCCUAUUCUCAACCUAACAUCAAUCCUACUUACACCAAUCAUCAAGUAAACGAUCAAGACUCAAACCUUGGCUCUAGCUUUGGUGUGAGAGCUUUCAAGCAUGCCGCCGCCAAAGUGGCUGCUCAUAACAACAUCAUCCAAAACACAGCCUCAGCUCAAUACAGCACGGUUCAACAGCAUCCAAAUUCUUCAAUGGCUUCUCAACAGUUUGACCCUCUCGCUGCAGCUAAAGACAAUCGUUCACGUACGGCCUCUGGAUUCCCAGCUGGUAAAGCUAAACGCGCUCAUGGAGGGUCUGCUGGAACUGUCUUGAGUCAAUCACGUAUGUCACGCUCCAUGACAGACUCCCCUGCAUUUGAUGGUUCUAGCCCUUGA